AGCAGCAAGUGCUCUGUGAAGAGACUGUUACUAGCCCUUGGAGGUGAACAGCCUCUCUUGAAAGGAUUCAGGGAAGAAAGCCAAGUCUGAAUAUGCAGUUUGCUCACUGGGAUGAAAGAUGUUUUGUUUAUUUCUAAUCAACGAUGCUAGACACCUGCAAGCUCAAAAGUGCCUGCAAUUUGCCAUUUGUUUAUAAUAAGAAAAUAAAUACUGCUGGAACCAGUAAUGCAGAUGUCCCCUUGGCUGAUCCCGGAAUGUACCAAUUGGACAUCACAUUAAGAAGGGGUCAAAGUUUAGCUGCCCGAGAUCGAGGAGGGACAAGUGAUCCAUACGUGAAGUUUAAAAUUGGAGGAAAAGAAGUUUUUAGAAGUAAAAUAAUACACAAGAACCUCAAUCCUGUGUGGGAGGAGAAAGCUUGCAUUCUUGUUGAACAUCUUAGGGAACCCUUGUAUAUAAAGGUAUUUGACUAUGAUUUUGGACUACAGGAUGACUUUAUGGGCUCAGCCUUUCUGGAUCUCACACAAUUGGAGUUAAACAGGCCCACAGAUGUGACCCUAACACUGAAAGAUCCCCAUUAUCCUGACCAUUACCUUGGAAUCAUUUUGCUCUCCGUCAUCCUUACCCCUAAAGAAGGAGAACACAGGGAUGUGACAAUGCUAAUGAGGAAGAGCUGGAAAAGAUCAAGUAAGGAUCUCUCAGAAAAUGAAGUGGUUGGAUCUUAUUUCUCUGUGAAGUCUUUCUUUUGGAGGACGUGCAGCAGGCCUGCUCUUCCUGUCCUGGGUUUCUGCAAAGCAGAGUUUCAGAGUACUUGUUACCAAAAUGCACAAUUUCAGACCCAAAGUUUACGUCUAUCAGACGUACACAGAAAAUCGCAGCUUUGGAGAGGAAUAGUCAGCAUCACAUUGAUUGAGGGACGAGACCUCAAGGCAAUGGAUUCAAAUGGGUUGAGUGACCCCUACGUGAAGUUCCGGCUUGGGCACCAGAAGUACAAGAGCAAGAUUAUGCCAAAAACUUUGAAUCCUCAGUGGAGGGAACAAUUUGAUUUUCAUCUCUAUGAAGAAAGAGGCGGAAUCAUUGAUAUCACUGCUUGGGACAAAGACGCUGGGAAAAGGGAUGAUUUUAUCGGCAGAUGCCAGGUGGACCUGUCGGCCCUCAGUAGGGAACAGACACACAAGUUGGAGUUGCAACUGGAAGAGGGUGAGGGACACCUGGUGCUGCUGGUCACCCUGACAGCUUCGGCCACAGUCAGCAUCUCUGACCUCUCCGUCAACUCCCUGGAGGACCAGAAAGAACGGGAGGAAAUCUUAAGGAGAUAUAGCCCAUUGCGGAUAUUUCACAACCUGAAAGAUGUGGGAUUUCUCCAGGUGAAAGUAAUCAGAGCAGAAGGGCUGAUGGUCGCUGAUGUCACAGGUAAAAGUGACCCAUUUUGUGUAGUUGAACUGAACAAUGAUAGGCUGCUGACACACACUGUCUACAAAAAUCUCAAUCCCGAGUGGAACAAAAUCUUCACGUUCAACAUUAAAGAUAUCCAUUCAGUUCUUGAAGUGACAGUUUAUGAUGAAGAUCGGGAUCGAAGUGCUGACUUUCUGGGCAAAGUUGCUAUACCAUUGCUGUCUAUUCAAAAUGGUGAACAGAAAGCCUACGUCUUGAAAAACAAGCAGCUGACAGGGCCAACAAAGGGGGUCAUCUAUCUUGAAAUAGAUGUGAUUUUUAAUGCUGUGAAAGCCAGCUUACGAACAUUAAUACCCAAAGAACAGAAGUACAUUGAAGAGGAAAACAGACUCUCUAAACAGCUGCUACUAAGAAACUUUAUCAGAAUGAAGCGUUGUGUCAUGGUGCUCGUAAAUGCUGCAUACUACGUUAAUAGUUGCUUUGAUUGGGAUUCACCCCCAAGGAGCCUCGCUGCUUUUGUGCUCUUUCUCUUUGUUGUCUGGAACUUUGAGCUCUACAUGAUACCACUGGUUUUGUUGUUACUAUUGACAUGGAACUACUUCUUGAUAAUAUCAGGGAAAGAUAACAGGCAACGUGAUACAGUAGUGGAGGACAUGCUGGAGGACGAGGAAGAAGAAGAUGACAAAGAUGACAAGGACAGUGAAAAAAAGGGAUUUAUAAAUAAAAUCUAUGCCAUCCAGGAGGUCUGUAUCAGUGUCCAGAACAUCCUAGAUGAAGUGGCUUCCUUUGGCGAAAGGAUAAAGAAUACUUUCAACUGGACAGUCCCAUUCUUAAGCUGGCUGGCUAUUGUAGCCCUCUGUGUGUUCACAGUCAUCCUGUACUUCAUUCCACUGAGAUACAUUGUCCUUGUCUGGGGCAUCAAUAAAUUCACAAAAAAGCUUCGGAGUCCGUAUGCAAUUGAUAACAAUGAACUACUUGACUUCCUUUCCAGAGUCCCUUCAGAUGUACAAGUGGUGCAAUACCAAGAACUGAAACCAGAUCCUUCCCAUAGCCCGUGUAAAAGGAAGAAAAACAAUCUUGGCUAGCCAGCUCCCAGCACUGAGGAGACCAGCAUCUGUUUGGGAAGAUAAAAGAAAAAGCCUUCAGCCUCAGCAGCAUUUCCUUUCUUCCUGCUUUUUAUUUAUUUUGCCUUUUUAUCAUGAUCGAGAGAAUUUGUAAAUAGUGUACAAAGGCAUAUGUCUUUGAAAAUAUACUUCCAUUGUACAGACUCCAUUUGAUAAAGGGUUAGCUGUUGCUGUGUGAAAGCCUUGUUGGCUGUGGAUAAUAAUAUAACACACUGAAACAACAAAUACAAGAAUGGUAACGUUGGGAGAUAUACACUUCUCUAAUUACAAGUGGAAGAACCAGAGUAUUACAUUAAAUGCUCAGCUGUGCUCUGAUUAAAUCUACAUAAAAUGUAAAUGUCAAUUUGAUUUUUAAAGUUUUUUUUUAAUGUGACUAUUUUUUAUCUGAAAAGUAAUCCAUUACAGUUUUCUAUGUUUUAUACAUUUCAAAAGGGAAGGGGGGAAAUCCCAAAAUCUGACUUAUGGAACAGAUGCAUUUCAAUUUAACAUAGAUUCUGACUUCAGAUCCUGACUUUCAUUCCUGUGCAAAUUAUUGAGCUAUGACUCGGCUUAUUUUACACUAAUGAGCAAAGGCACAGUCACUCCGUCAAGAUAAUUCUUCCACACUCUACAAAGAAAACUUCCAAACCUUUUAUCAUUCCAUCUGAAACCUCAAAAUCUCUACAGGACUACACAUAAAUACUGCCAGGUUUAUACAUGAUUGCCUAUUUGAAUUUUUAUACCUACCACUACUUUAAUUUGUACCUAGUUAGCAAGUUAGUCACCCAGUUCAGUUAUCAAAAAUAGUAGCAAACUAAAUCCGUAUUGCUUUUGGUGUCUCUGUGCAUCUAAAAAUAUUUAAUACUCAAAAGUAUUCUCACAUACACAGAAAGUAUCUGCUUUCUCAUUAAAUUACUGAAAUGCUUUAAUGCAGAGUAUGAUUUUUGUUAUUAGUGUGAAUUUUAAUGUAAAGAAUGCUAGUGUGCUAAGUGAUAUGCCAGUUGUUUCAUUACAUUCAUUUCUAAAAAAGCUAAUCAUUCUUGAUAAUACGAAUGCAUGAAACCUAUUUUGUAAAAAACAAAAAAACAAAAAACAAACCACAACUGCUUAUGGGGAAGGGGGAGUUUGCCUUUAAAAAACUGUUUCACUACUUACCAUAGAAUCUAUACUUAAAAAUUGCAUUCCCAAGACUUAUGAUAGUUUUUGUACCUAACUCCCUGAUAAAUCACGGGAGUAUACCUCUGGAGAGAGAAAUAAUUUGGUGAGAAUGUUUUACUUCCCUGACUGGGUAGGGGAUUAAGCUUGGCUGAAAAUGCUGUAGACAAUGUUUUGCACUACUUUAUUAAUAGAGUGGGAUAGGGUGAAGGGGGGGAGGGUUAUGAUGGAAAAACACAGAAAAACCAGAAGCCAGAAAUAUAUAUUUCACUCUAAAGGAAGAUUCUUUAAGGAUAAAUUUAAUCUCAUCGAAGCUAAUUUUUAAAGUAUUUUUAUUUUAAAGCGACGUUGUUAAAUACUAUUUCUUAUUAUAGAACUAUUUUGAUCUGUUUAUACACUAUGCUUGAAAGAGAAUGUCAAUUAAAUUCCCUUUCUACAGAAAGGCUUUGACCUCAAUAUGCUCUAUUUAGCUCACCAUGUUUAUAAUGACAUGCUUAUAUCCGCAUACCAUCACUGUUUGUUGCUUGGACAUAAUACUCCAUAAAGCUGAUGUUGCCACAGAAAGUUUAUUGAUGGGAUAAUUUGUUUGAAAUACCUUUUGAUUAUACCUUGUGUGAGAUUUAUGUUCCGUGCUGACAGUGUCUACUCAAAUGUCUACAAGCCUGAUAUUGUACAAUUUCAGAUGUACCUAGUGCAUAGUAACCAUUAACAGAUGCCUAAUUUUUGUUUCAUUCUACCAACUUUCAGAUGUUAAGUUCAGUGGUAAUGUUGACUAUACAUUCACUGCAUUAAAUUAAAAAAAAAUCUUUUCUAAGUAUACUCAGUACUCCUUUUUCUUUGCUUCUCUCUCUCUCUUUUUGGUGGUUGGUUGUGAGUGCUGGAGGAUUGUUUGCAUAUUCUUAUAAAU